AUGGUGAACCCGAGCUUGGAAACAUGCAUCAAGGAUCGCCCUUUCGUCAUCAUCGACAAUGACACCGUCUACUGCGGCGAUGUGAUGAAAGGAAAAUACUUGACGUUAUGGUUUCCUAAAAGGAGUCGUGGAGUUCAACGUGAACAGAAGCUCGACUUGGCAGGUGAAAGAGACGAUGAAUGCACAGAGAAGUCACAACAACGGGUUUCGAUCAAUAUUGGAUUGUGGACCAAGGAGAGAGAGAAGCGCCUGAGAAAGAGAUUGCAUCGUCAGCUGAGACGUUAUCGUGGGACGUCGAGAGCGAAGGAGUUUGAAGAGGCGUGGGAGAACGAGAACCCGAGAGAAGCCCAUGCUCUGCUAGGGCAGCGGCAAGGGUGGCCAAGAAAAAAUGUGGUCCGUACAAGUAGCCCACAACAUCCAAUGGGCAUCCGAAUGGAGACUGCGUUGCUCGACAUCCCUCCCGAAGAUCCAAAAGCGGUGCGGAGUUGCUCACGCCGAGCGGCUCUACAGAAAGAAAUGAGGGUUGUGGAAGUACCACCAGCGAACCUCAAAGGUGGAGAAGACACAUCACGCAGUAGGUGCCCCUCGAAUCGUCACGAUGAUCAGGCGUUGGCUGGCUGUGAAGUGCUCCCAGCUCACCGAAAACAUAAAGGAUCACGGCUGAGCCUUACUAGCCUUAUAUCGUUGAGCACAAGCCAAGAUAAGCAGAAUAGGGAGAGCCAACUGUCGGAAUGGAGCUAUGAAGCGCCAACUAGAACACUUUCCAGCGUUUCCAGCAGCGAUCUUUGCUUGAAUAAAAAUGGUAAUAUUGGACCGAAUCGAAGGCAUGUCUGGAAUCAAUCUAUCGGCUGGAGGUAUAACAACCCUAUUCGGCUCUGGGGCGGUUUUGAACCGUCUAGCGCAGUUUCAUCGGAACCUCUUACUAACUGCGCUACACUCGUCCCUAUAGCGCUUGUAAAGCUAGAUGGUGAAGACGAAGAAUUGCCAGACGAAGUGACAGGAUCUCGUGAGAAUCGGCAAGAUGGACGACAGAUGGGUGCACAACAAAACCAACACCGCCUACAUUUUGCGACGGAACGUUCUCAGCACAAUAAGUGUACCGCCAGUCAUCAGCUCCGAGAAGAGCAUCCGGGUCAGCGUCUGUGGACCCGUUCUCGCAUUGUAGUCUAUAAUUCGAGUCACUUCGGAUACGACCGAUUUACCAUCCGAGCAGUUGCAAUGAUGGAGCGGAGCAGCGCCUUCACUGCAACCACAAACGAUUUUAUUCUCACAUUCAUGAAAGUUUUGCUAGAUGUUGCACGUCUCUUCAUCAGCAACGAGUCUGCAGGUUUCUGCAAUGAUAUUAUCGUGAUAAAUCUUAGCAUUGACGUCGACAUUUGCCACUAUGAUAGUAGUGCCCACAAAGCGAACCUCUCAUUAAUUGAGAGUCGAGGAGAUGGUGCUGAAAGAUCGGAGUUCGUUGGGAAAAGAAAGCAAAUGCGAGGUGCCAGAAUUCUCGAAUGUCCGCUUUGCUGUAUGCAGCAGCCUUCCAGCAACUUUCCACGUCUCAUUUGUUGUCAACAUAGGAGUUGUCGGUUAUGCCUUAUGCAGUAUGUCGAGAUGGAAAUAAUGGAAAAUCGUGUUGAAGUAUCUUGUCCAGAAUGUGCUGCUCAUCUACAUCCUUCAGAUAUACGGAGCUUAGUUGGUGGACGAAGAGCUUUAAUAGAAAAAUAUGAGCAGUUCAGUCUUCGUCGGUAUCUUAUGACGGAAACUGACGCACGUUGGUGUCCAGCUCCAGAUUGCGGGUAUGCUGUUAUUGCGUCGUCUUGUGCUGCAUGUCCACAACUCAAAUGUGAAAGAGCGUCAUGUGGAACUCUCUUCUGCUAUCAUUGCAAAGGUGUUUGGCAUCCCAGUCAAACAUGUGAUGAAGCUCGCCGCCAACGUAGUGCUCUACCAUUCAGGACAAUUCGUCGUGUCACAAGUUCAUCUCUUGAUAUUCAGCUGAAACCUGGUGACAUCAAAGCUUGUCCUCGUUGCCACACGUAUAUAGUCAAAAUGGACGAUGGUUCAUGCAACCACAUGGUUUGCGCCAUGUGUUCCGUAGAAUUUUGUUGGUUGUGCCUGAAAGAAAUAAGUGAUCUACAUUACCUUAGCCCAACAGGUUGCACAUUCUGGGGUAAGAAGCCGUGGACUCGAAAGAAAAAGUUGCUGUGGCAACUAGGUACUCUCAUAGGUGCGCCAGUUGGUAUUGCCAUAAUUGCAGGACUAUCUAUUCCUGGGAUUAUUUUCGGGGUUCCUGUGCUUGUAGGAAGGAAAGUUCACCAGCGCUUUCUACAUCACUCGAGAGCGCACCGCCGUUUCCUCACAGUUGCUUGCGUCGUUGGUUCGCUGUUCGUUAGCCCCGUUCUUGCUGUGAUGGCCGUCGGUGUUGGCGUUCCAAUUAUGCUCGCUUAUGUUUAUGGGGUCGUUCCAUUGUCUCUCUGUCGCAAUGGAGGCUGCAGCGUUCUGGAGUCAAGUGCACGACCGGACGUUUUCAGCGAUGAUGAUUUGUGGACUUUAGCUUCGAAUCAAGAUAAGUCCCAACUUUUGAGUGAAAUGGACAGGCCCGACGGUUCUUCCAUUGUUGCUGGACUGUCGAUACAAAGUGGGAUUUCUGGUGGUAUUCAACAUCAUGUGCGGCUUACAGUUGGCCACGAUCUCCGUAGGCAACCGAGUGUUGAUUCAGGUGUGAAUAGUCUGGGUGAACGACUGAAUUACGAAGAAGCAAGCACUCGAGCGAUGGCAGGUUCCAAUUACCACUAUGAUGACAAGAGUGUGCGUACCUUCUAUUCAGGCCAUGAGCUUGUGUCAUAUAGCGAUGAAGCUGCCAGCACGAUGGCACUAGCAGGUUCCGUUCUAGAUUCGAAGAGUCUUAGCGAAAGCUUGGGAGCUCGUAUUGUUGUGCCGCAACAAGAGCAAGGAUGUGAUGAAAUUCAAGCAUGCACUACUCCUUCUACAUCUUCUACCGAACCCAAAAUGUACACUGGUGGAAUUUCCAUGCUUCAUAUACCACGGAGGCGCUCAGAUCGAAUUCGGCUUGUCGUCGCAUACCCGAGAAAGGAAGAUGCUGAGCAGACUUUGCUUCUGACUGAUGAACCGGGAUCUUCCGGACAGCUUUGUGCCGAUGCAGAUCCGCGCUCUGCUGGAUAA